AAGCACAUCAUCACCAUGCAGUUGGGAAAAGCUAUACUACUGCUGCUGACCAUCCAACAAAGCUGCCUGGCUUUGUACAUCAAGAACGUGGAGAAGAAUCCUGCCAAGACAGCACCUAAGGAUGACUGGGGAGUCUUCAAGAACACACUCGGACUAAGCCAAGAGAAAGUUGAGCUACUGAAAUCACAAAAGGAUCAACAAGGCACUAAAGAGCUGCUCAAUCGUUUCAUUUUGGAAAACCCCAAAGCUUUGCCACAGGCCAAGAAACAACCCGACCAGUUUCUGGGACUCUAUCGAUCGAUUCUCAAGAAACUCACUGCCUCCAAGCAAAUGCUGAAAACCUCUCUUAACUUCGAAUUGGCUGAUAGGCCUCAUAAGACUCUGAAAAGGCCACGUCGCAAGAUCGCCGUCAAGAUGGUUUCCGAUAUGCCAUCCUGGAAAAUCGAGAGCCUGCUUAACUCAUUCUAUCUGAAGCAUGGUAUCCCAAGGAAUGCCGAGGAACACGAAUAUCCCGAUAUGGAUAUGGCUAAGGAUACUGAUUACGACUCUGAUAACUUCUACGACGAUGAAGGCGACGUGGGUCUGACGGCCAAGACAAGGCAAAACACUGAGUACGGGUCCUUCCAGGAUCUGAUCAUGCAGGCCAAGAUGAACGAGUGGGAGCGGGAGAACGAGGAAACCAAAUUGCACGGCCCAGACAAUGAUGACUAUAUUUAAAUCCUUAAAUUAGUUCCAAGUAAUCUUAAGAGGGCUGUGCAAUAGAGGUUCAUAUGCUGGCAUUGGACUUAUCUUUAGGUUAAAGUAGUUUUACUAUGCCG